UAGGAGCGGGCAGCCGUGGACGCUCACUAUGGGAUAGCAGCGAGACACAAUUUAGUUGGCCAGUUUGCAUCCUAGGCAGAAGAAGGACGGUACCUAGGUUCUCCCCUAGCGUUUUCCCCUGCAGAUCUCACAGCCCUGUGCAAAGCCCUGUGCGUGCGGCAUGUGCGUGUGCAAGGGAUGGACAGGGUGAGGGGGGGCAGCAGCCGAAAAUCAUGAAGCGGGGGCUUCUUCUUCGCAGCCCUUCGGGUGAGCCUCGGCUGGCAGCCGGCGGAGCGUUGUGAAAUCAUGUCGCGAUAGGGAACCGCAGCGCCCCGGGUGUCCCUUUAAGCAGCCGAGCGAGUGGCGCUGCUGCUGUUCUCAUUGCCAAACCCCCGGGAGUCCAGUUAAGAAACGGGCAGCUGUCUCUUUAAGUGUGAUUUCCUUCUAUUGUAUUUGAAUCGUGAUCAGGAAAAAGGAAAUGAAACCGGAGCCCCGGGGCCGAGCCAGAGGAGCCGUAAUAAUGAUGCCGAGCCGCACCUCGGCGGCACACGCGCCUCUCCCGGGGGCGUGCUGAGAGCUGCCGGGGGCUGCGCUGCGCGGUGCGGAGCGGAGCGGUGCGGAGCGGUGCGGGGCAGGCAGCGGUGGCCGCGGCCGCAGCCCCCCCCCGGCCCCGCCGCCCGGCGCGCAGGAGGAGCGCGGCGAGGAUGGGAGGAGGAAAUCCUGUGAAUGUCAUUGGGGGGCGGAGGGGGAACUCGGCUGGCGAGAAGGCGUCGAGAGCAGACAGCCUCUGCGGGGGCAGAGCCCACCACCGGCACACUACAAAGGAGCAAUCCCUGCCAAUGUCAUCGGCCAUCGAGAGGAAGAGCCUCGAUCCUUCCGAGGAGCCAGUGGAUGAAGUGCUCCAGAUCCCCCCCUCACUGCUGACAUGUGGCGGCUGCCAGCAGAACAUCGGGGACCGGUAUUUCCUGAAGGCCAUCGAUCAGUACUGGCAUGAAGACUGCCUCAGCUGCGACCUGUGCGGGUGCAGGCUCGGAGAAGUGGGGAGACGGUUGUAUUACAAACUGGGCAGGAAGCUCUGCAGAAGGGACUAUCUCAGGCUUUUUGGCCAAGAUGGCCUCUGUGCCUCCUGUGACAAACGAAUCCGGGCUUAUGAGAUGACCAUGCGGGUGAAGGACAAAGUGUAUCACCUUGAAUGCUUCAAAUGUGCUGCCUGCCAGAAACACUUCUGUGUUGGGGACAGAUACCUCCUCAUCAACUCGGACAUAGUAUGUGAACAGGACAUCUACGAGUGGACUAAGUUAAAUGGAAUGAUAUAGCAAAGACAUGGCUCAUGGUCUCUAAAAGACAUCUCACGGGUGACACAGACGCAUAGCUGCAGUGAGGAGAUAACCACCUGAGCUAUGUGCUUUGUCUAAAAUGGGGGGAAAAUACCACAGAGUAGGUCCUUUUCAGGCAGUGCUACGUAGACUCUAAACUACAUAUAAGUGAAGAAGGCAGACCGAAGCAAUAGUAGAUAGACUGACUUCUGUUAACAAAGGCGUAUUGACAAUAACUGACAUCAGCCAGAUAGGCAAGAGCUGGGGAACAACCAUAAUGUGGUAAUGAAUGCUCAUAACUGGAAAAACAGUAGUGACUUAUGUAAAGAGAUGUUAUGACUUUGUCACCUGCAGACUAGGAUUGUGCAAUUGAUUUUUCUUUUCAUCUUGUUUUAGUUACUCAGUUUAGACAACAGCUCCUAAUGUAGACAUGAAGAAGAAUACUGGAAGAAAAUGGCCAGUCACUUACAUGGUCAUUCAAUAAGGCCUUACAUUUCGGGUAGGACAGAAAGUGGGAAGAGGGUGGGGGUUAUUUUUGCAUGGAUUUUUUUUAUUAUUAUUAUUUUAUUUUUUUUUUCUGUGAGAAUGAAGGGUGCAUCCUCUAGUCCCAAACUGUUCUUCAAAAUAAAUAAAUAAAUAAAUAAAUAAAAAUCCUGCUGAAUAGAUGUUUUGGGGCACUGCUGUUUCAAGAUGAGAUGUUCCACAGAUCAUUUCUAUACAAAUAUAAAUCUAAAGAGUUGUUCAACUAUUUUAAUAACUUAGAUUAUAUCGAUAAAAUAUUUGUUGUGUGUAGUAAGACUCUGCAGCUUUAAUAAAAAUAACAGAAGAUUUGA